AUGGCAAUGAAAGGGAACACAGCUCUUCACAUCGCCUGUCUGGCUGGACAGAAGGAGGUUGCCAGGCUACUGAUGAAGAGGGGUGCUGACGUCAACUCUCAGUCACAGUCGGACAGCAACACCAGCUUCCUGCGAGCGGCGCGGGCCGGAAACAUCGAUAAGGUGCUGGAGUUCCUGAAGAGCGGCCAGGACAUCAGCACCUGUAACCAGAACGGUCUUAAUGCACUGCACCUUGCUGCUAAGGAGGGCCAUGGGGACCUUGUGGAGGAGCUGCUGGAGAGAGGAGCGUCUGUGGAUGCUUCCACAAAGAAAGGGAACACAGCUCUUCACAUCGCCUGUCUGGCUGGACAGAAGGAGGUUGCCAGGCUACUGAUGAAGAGGGGUGCUGACGUCAACUCUCAGUCACAGAAUGGAUUCACCCCUUUGUACAUGGCAGCCCAGGAGAAUCAUCUGGAGGUAGUCCGUUACCUACUAGAAAAUGGAGGCAAUCAGAGCACAGCCACAGAGGACGGCUUCACUCCGCUGGCGAUCGCUCUGCAGCAGGGCCACAACCAGGUGGUGUCCCUGCUGCUGGAGCACGACACUAAGGGCAAGGUGCGGCUGCCCGCCCUCCACAUCGCCGCCCGCAAGGACGACACCAAGUCCGCCGCUCUGCUCCUGCAGAACGACCACAACGCCGACGUCCAGUCAAAGAUGAUGGUCAAUAGGACAACAGAGAGUGGCUUCACCCCACUGCACAUCGCUGCGCACUAUGGCAAUGUAAAUGUUUCCACACUGCUGCUGAACAGAGGGGCUGGGGUCGACUUCACGGCCAGGAAUGGAAUAACUCCCCUUCACGUGGCUUCCAAGCGAGGGAACACCAACAUGAUCGCCCUUCUGCUAGACCGAGGAGGCCAGAUUGAUGCUAAGACAAGGGAUGGCCUCACCCCACUACACUGUGCAGCCAGGAGCGGGCAUGAUCCUGCAGUGGAGCUACUGCUAGAGAGAGGAGCACCCAUUCUGGCCAGGACCAAGAACGGUCUGUCCCCGCUGCACAUGUCCGCUCAGGGAGACCACGUGGACUGUGUGAAGCACCUGCUGCAGCACAAGGCGCCGGUGGACGACGUCACCCUGGACUAUCUGACCGCCCUCCAUGUCGCUGCCCACUGCGGCCACUACCGGGUCACCAAGCUCCUGCUGGACAAGAGGGCCAAUCCCAACGCCCGGGCGCUGAAUGGCUUCACGCCCCUGCACAUUGCCUGUAAGAAGAACCGGGUGAAGGUGAUGGAGCUGCUGGUGAAGUAUGGAGCCUCCAUCCAGGCCAUCACUGAGUCUGGUCUUACUCCCAUCCACGUUGCUGCCUUCAUGGGCCACCUCAACAUUGUUCUGCUGCUACUCCAAAAUGGCGCCUCGCCUGAUGUCCGCAACAUUCGAGGAGAGUCAGCCCUCCACAUGGCUGCGCGUGCUGGUCAGAUUGAAGUAGUGCGCUGUCUCCUGAGGAAUGGGGCGCUGGUGGACUCCAUGGCCAGAGAGGACCAGACGCCCCUGCAUAUUGCGUCUCGGCUGGGCAAGACGGAGAUAGUUCAGCUGCUGCUCCAGCACAUGGCUCACCCCGACGCAGCCACCACCAACGGCUACACCCCCCUCCACAUCUCCGCCAGGGAGGGCCAGCUGGAGACGGCCGCCGUGCUGCUGGAGGCCGGAGCCUCACACUCCCUGGCCACCAAGAAAGGAUUCACUCCUUUACAUGUAGCUGCUAAGUAUGGAAGCCUGGAUGUGGCAAAACUCCUGCUGAAGCGUCAUGCACUUCCUGAUGAUGCGGGGAAGAAUGGACUCACUCCACUCCAUGUUGCAGCUCACUAUGACAACCAGGAGGUGGCGCUCCUUCUCCUGGAGAAAUCAGCCUCCCCUCACGCUACAGCCAAGAAUGGCUACACCCCCCUCCACAUUGCAGCGAAAAAGAACCAGACAGCUAUCGCCUCAGCGCUGAUGCAGUACGGCGCUGAGACCAACGUGCUCACCAAGCAGGGGGUCAGCCCGCUGCACCUGGCCUCUCAGGAGGGACACGGUGAGAUGGCCGCCCUGCUGCUGGAGAGAGGCGCUGUGGUCAACGCCCCGACCAAGAGUGGACUGACGUCCCUGCACCUGGCAGCCCAGGAGGACCGAGUGAACGCAGCAGAGACUCUGGCCAAGAACAACGCCAACCUCGACCAUCAGACAAAGCUUGGCUACACUCCACUCAUCGUAGCCUGUCACUAUGGAAAUGUCAAAAUGGUGAACUUCCUCUUGCAGCAAGGUGCCAACGUCAAUGCCAAAACAAAGAGUGGCUACACUCCUCUUCAUCAGGCAGCCCAACAGGGGAACACACACGUGAUCAAUGUGUUGCUACAGCAUGGAGCCAAGCCCAAUGCCACCACUGUGAAUGGAAACACUGCUUUGUCCAUUGCUAAACGCCUUGGCUACAUCUCAGUAGUGGACACACUGAAAGUAGUCACUGAAGAAAUUAUCACCACCACUACAACUGUUACUGAGAAGCAUAAGAUGAAUGUUCCAGAGACUAUGACUGAAGUCUUGGAUGUUUCCGAUGAGGAGGGUGAGGACACGAUGACUGGAGACGGAGGAGAGUACCUGCGGGCAGAGGACUUGCGAGAACUGGGAGACGACUCCCUACCUGGGCAGUACCUGGAGGGGAUGAGCUAUGGGAUGAUGUAUAACCUGGAAAGUACAUUGUCAUCUGUGUCCUAUCUUCACUGUAGGGGCCAUGGGACCCCCACACACCCAGGCUACCAUAACAGAGAUGGUGUUUUCAUAGAAGAAAUGCUCACCAGUCACCAGGUGGCAUCGCUCGCCAGAGAGAACGAGAAGGACUCGUAUCGUCUGAGCUGGGGUGCUGAACACCUGGACAAUGUCUUGCUGACCAAUACCUUGCUGCACUCUGGCUUCCUGGUCAGCUUCAUGGUGGACGCCCGGGGUGGGACUAUGCGUGGCUGCCGCCAUAACGGCCUGCGCAUCAUGAUCCCCCCCCAGAAGUGCUCGGCCCCCACCCGCGUCACCUGCCGUCUCGUCAAGAGACACCGGCUGGCCUCCAUGCCUCCCAUGGUGGAGGGGGAGGGCCUGGCCGGCAGGAUCAUAGAGGUCGGCCCCACCGGAGCCCAGUUUCUUGGUAAACUCCACCUCCCCACCGCUCCUCCCCCUCUCAAUGAGGGAGAGAGUCUGGUCAGCCGAAUUCUUCAACUGGGCCCACCUGGGACAAAAUUCCUCGGGCCUGUGAUCGUGGAGAUCCCCCAUUUUGCGGCGCUGCGGGGCGACGAGCGGGAGCUGGUCAUCCUGCGCAGUGAGACCGGCGAGAGCUGGAGGGAGCACCACUGUGACCACACCGAGGAGGAGCUCAACCAGAUCCUCAACGGCAUGGACGAGGAGUUGGACUCCCCUGAGGAGCUAGAGAAGAAAAGAAUCUGCCGCAUCAUCACACGAGACUUCCCGCAGUACUUUGCUGUAGUCUCCCGCAUCAAGCAGGACAGCCACCUGAUUGGUCCGGAAGGAGGUGUCCUCAGUAGCACUUUAGUACCCCAAGUCCAGGCUGUCUUCCCUGAAGGCGCCCUCACCAAACGGAUUCGUGUUGGACUUCAGGCCCAACCAGUCCAUGAUGAUUUAAUAAGGAGGAUACUGGGUAACAAAGCAACCUUCAGUCCAAUUGUAACUUUGGAGCCAAGGAGGAGGAAGUUCCACAAGCCAAUCACUAUGACAAUCCCAAUUCCCAAGAGCUCAACAAGCGAUGGAACGAACUGUGCGUUUGGGGGAGACACGCCAACCCUAAGACUUUUGUGUAGCAUCACAGGUGGUACCACUCCAGCUCAGUGGGAAGAUAUCACAGGGUCCACCCCUCUGACCUUUGUCAAUCAGUGUGUGUCAUUCACCACUAAUGUCUCAGCAAGAUUCUGGUUGAUCGACUGCCGGCAGAUCCAGGAGUCUGUGAACUUCUCGACCCAGGUAUAUCGGGAGAUGAUCUGCGUCCCGUACAUGGCCAAAUUUGUGAUCUUCGCCAAAACGCUGGACCCCAUAGAGGCCAGGCUGCGAUGCUUCUGCAUGACAGAUGACAAAAUGGACAAGACGCUGGAGCAGCAGGAGAACUUCACAGAGGUGGCCCGCAGCCGAGAUGUCGAGGUUUUAGAAGGUAAACCGAUCUUUGCGGACUGCUUUGGAAACCUGGUGCCUCUUACUAAGAGUGGUCAGCAUCAUGUCUUCAGCUUCUUUGCCUUCAAAGAAAACCGCUUGGCAUUGUUCAUCAAAAUUCGAGAUAGCGCUCAAGAACCUUGUGGGAGACUGUCUUUCACGAAGGAGCCCCGUACAUAUAGAAGUCUUACACACAAUGCCAUUUGUAAUCUAAACAUCACCCUGCCUGCAUAUUCAAAAGACUCUGAUUCAGAUCAGGAUGCAGAUGAAGAGCUAGACAUCACAUCUCUCAAGAACCCACUGGAUGAUGCAGACAGGAAGGAGGAAACACUGGCUAUAGUUUCCGACCUCCUUGGGUUUAGUUGGACUGAGUUGGCGAAAGAGCUGGAGUUCAAUGAGGAUGAGAUUCAGCUAGUACGAUCAGAAAACCCCAACUCCCUACAGGAACAAAGUCAGGCACUGCUGCAACGCUGGGUGGAGCGGGAGGCAAAGCAUGCCACUGAGGAUUGCUUAAUCAAGAGGCUCACUGCCAUAAAUCGCAUGGAUAUAGUCCACCUUCUUGAGACACAGAUGAACAAGUCAGUCCAAGAGCAGACCUCAAGGACCUAUGCAGAAAUUGAGAAGACACUGGAUCACAGUGAAGCUCUCUCCUCAGUUCAGGAAGAUGUAGACAGUCCAAGGCUGGUAAGAAGAGUGGAAUCCUCCCAGCGGCAGCCUCCUGCAGUCUCUGAGGAAGACCUGUCAGUGGCCUCUCUCUUGGACGUCCCAUCCUGGUCGGAACCAAUUGGGCAUACCCAUUCUGAAAGCAUGCAUGGAGAUCUCUUAGAAGAACUCGACAUUACACAGGACUUUAUCACUAACCCAUGGGCAGCUCGAGAGAUAAGAGCUGGGUCAUCAAAUGAGGGCCUUGACAGACAAGCAGAUGAGUUCCCAGAAUUAUCUCCAGAGACCACAUCAGAGGAACAGUAUGUGGAUGAACAUGGGAAUAUGGUGGUUAAGAAGGUUACCAGGAAGAUAAUGAAGCGCUGUAUAUCUGAUGGAGUUGAGGAUGUGAUGACGGACGGGACAGCUCAUGGCUCCGUAAGAGUGAGAGAAGGGGACGGCUACUCCAAAGUGAUCAAGAGGACAGUUCUGAGGAGUGAAGGGGACCACACAGAGGUGACAUUUUGUGAGACGCCAAAUGCGUCUGCCCGUGGAGUUGAGGAGGAGGACGAGGGUGAGGAGGUCAGCCAGGUGGUCCAGACGUCGCUCGUGCAGGGGGAGAGGAUGGAGACGCAUCACGGAGACCCCACACUCGCCUCCGAUCUCCCCUCCGCUCAAGAUGACUUCAGUCAGGCCAUGAGGUAUAUGGGUCUCUCAAAGAAAGCUCAUGUUCCCCGGAUUAUAGAGCAGCACAUUGUGAAGGAGGAUGGAACUGUGAUCAGGAGGACCCGCAUGCGUAAGGCGCACACACAGAGACGGACCCUGGUGAAGGAUGCUGAGGGUCGGAGGAGGGUCACCGUCGAACGGCUGGAUGGCAGAGCUCCGAGCCCCUGCCUUCACACCUGUCACCCCGGCAACGUCCAGCAGCAUUUUCACCAUCUCAUCCACCAAUACUGUGCAGAGAGCAAAGACCAGGAGCAGGAGGAGGAGGAGGAGGAGGAGGAAGAGUGAAGGACCUCCGCUCUUUCUUGCCUUGCUCAUUCCCCGAUUUGCCCCCGACCCAAGAUGUGGCCCCGCCCAAACAUGCCAAUACUCUAUGCACCGCGCUCUGCCAUCUCAGAAAACACGCGUCUAGCAGUCUUCCUGUUCUAACGCAGGAUAGGUCUUGGUUGGCUUGAGUUCACAGGCAGAGGGUUUUACGUUUUCCUCUUAUUUUUGUAGCUUGUUUUUUUUUCUUAGUCUUUAUUUUCACUUGGAAUGAUUUUUCUUUUCUUGAAAUUCUUCCGUGUACACUUUUUAAUGACUGUCAUUUUUUUGCUGUUUUGUGACCAAAGAAUUUCCUUUUUGAUUUCCCUUGUUGUCGUUGUUGUUAUUUACCUUGAUUUUAUGUCUUGAAUGUUGUUGAGCUUUUAAGAAAAGUAUAGAAGGCAUUUUCCUCAACACCCACCUCAGAUGGACACUAACCAAUAUUUCUAUUCAUAACAAAUCGGCUUUGGUUCAGCAAUGUGUUUAAUGCACUGCCCGAUCAUAAUCACGGUACUUAGAUAUCAUGAAAUGAAAUCUGACCUUAUCAUUCAUUACACAACCAAUUGUUCUUCAAGGAUAAAGGUUACAGCUCUCAGAAAAUGAAUACAAAUCUUCUUGACACUUUAUUUGACAUGAUCUUAUGAGAAGAUCAGCAGGCUUUGACAGUGCUUAUCAUAGUGGGUCAUGUCUGUCUCCACAUGUCAGAAGACCCAGAAGUAACAUCAAAUGCUGUGUUUUCCCCCACUUGAACAUCUGGGCCACCGUACACAGACCUUACUCUUUAUGAUAACCUGUAUGUACUGUACCUCAAUGAUCAUGUAAAGUGAAGGGUUAAAGUCAUCUGUUAUUAAUACAGAUGGCUCAAUCUGCUGUCGGAGUGUUCUGUGUAUGUGUUACCUGUCUUUGAAAGUAUAUACAAUGUGCAUUUUUAGAGAAAAAAAAUGACAGUAGUCCACAUUAGCUACAUAUAAGGAUUAUAGCAGGCAUGACUAGUUAGCAUCUGUCACUUACUAUUUGCGAAAUCAAUUUCAAAUUCUGAAUCUACCUGCAUUUCCCCUGUCUUCCCUGUCAGAUACCUGAGCAGCACGAGGUGUUUACUGUUCCCCCCCCCCC